AGCAUAUCUCGUCUUCAAUGUUUUGCCAUCGUCAAGGGCGCUCCGCUUAAAAAUAGAAACAGUCAUAAUGUCAAUUCUACACUAUGUAUAGAUUUACACUAGAUCUAGAAAUCUAGAUCUAUAUGCGCCUCUAAGAAGGUAUGUUGAAUGAAAUCAAUGCUAGAUCUAUUCUAGAACGCUCUAGGACAGAAAUCGAUUUUAAAGGGGCGGAAUGCCAGUUCGUUGGCUUUAUUCUUACAUAUGCAUGUUUAUCGCUAAUUCAAAAUGGCGGACAAUAACGAAACACCGUUAGGAAUAUCUGCAAUUGCUGACUGUUCGUCCCAUGCGUCUGCCUCCAAAGUAUACUUAAAUGAAAACACUAGAUCUAGUACUACCAAGAUUGACAGAUCCAAUCACACUACUUCUGGCACUCUUAUUCUGGAUGCAAGUUCUUUGGAUACGUCCAGCAUUAGACCUAGAUCUAGUUGUCAGGACGCUUCCAAAAACAAUAACACAGAAAUUUUGUCUCAUUUUCCUUGUCAUUCUGACGAAGCUAACAGAACAACGGUGAUAAACAAUAACAGUCUUAAAUGCCCAGUUGCUUUUGAAGUUCAAGCAGAAAAACAAUUAAAGCCAAAGCAAAAAAGAAAUUUACAAGAGUCAUUCCUUCAUUUUAUGAAAAAGAAAAAGAAUCUGUUAAAGCAGGAGCGGAGACAUACAGCCACAAGCCAAGGGCGUAACGUCAACCAGGAGCGCCUGGACGAGCUCAGAGCACAAGUGAUAGAACGAGCAAAGAGCUACAUCGGCGUACCCUAUGGAAGGAAAUAUUGGAGCCCAGAUUCUCCAGAGUACAAGUCGCCCUUCUUCCUAGACUGCUGCGGCCUGGUCAGGAGAGUCAUCAGAGAUCUCCAGAAUGAGCUCGGCUUCCGUCUGGGACCCGGUAACCAGGCCUACAUGUACGACACGCUGCCCAAUACACUCUGCGCUGACCAGAUGAAGCCUGGAGACUUGGUCUUUAUGACCGGAAUUUACAUCAACCCAAAAAGCAAGAAACAGUAUCACAAUAUGGUCCAUGUAGAGAUUUGGCUGGGCGAUGGCCAGAAGACGAUUGGCUCAAGAUGGAACUCUGGGAAGGUGGACAUUUUCGAUUCGUACAAGUUUCAGCCUAAAAGUUUCCACAGUGAAGAAUACAUCUUUAAGUCUGUAGACACCUGGUUGAUGGGAGAGUGUCAUAGUUUUUGCCCAGAGCACAGUUGGCAGAGGCCAGUGUACAAUCCGUCGGCUCGCUCCAUCUUCAACAUCGACGACAGCACAAUCGAUGAGAAAGCUAACGAUGACGACGAUGACAGUGAGACUGAGGCUUGCAGUGACUCCCCUGUCCCUCAGCUCUGUUUGGUGACGUCCUCUUUGGUGGAACAGGAAACAGUCGCCGCCUCUGAGAAUGCCAAUGUGUGUGCCAUGGUUUCCAGACCUGUAAAUCCUAUGCCUGGGUUGACAACGCCGACCCCCAUCUUGGGUUCCGACUCUGACUACUGCCUACGUUGUUUGUCACAAGUUUCCACCAAGGAAACUGGGCAGGAGAAGAAGUCACAAGAUGUAAAUCUACUCAAAGAGGGAAUACAAGUUUCUGAAAGUCUAGAAGGCAGGUCAAAGCUUAAUGCCACUUUUGUGUUGAGCCAAUGUAAAUGUCCGGAUGAUGUCAUAUCAUCAUUGAAAUGUGAGGAUGGCUUGCCAUCUGGAAUCCAAGAAUCCGUUUUGGACAAAUCAGUCACAUGCUUGGAAGAUUCUGUGUAUACUUCUAAAGGUAUACAAUAUCCUAGUUUGUCAUCUUGUAAUGAUGAAGAUUCUGUGAUUACUUCUAAAGGUAUACAACAUCCUAGUGUGUCAUCUUGUCCUGAUGAAGAUUCUGUGAUUACUUCUAAAGGUAUACAACAUCCUAGUGUGUCAUCUUGUCCUAAUGAAGAUUCUGUGAUUACUUCUAAAGGUCUACAACAUCCUAAUGUGUCAUCUUGUUCUGAUGAAGGUACUAAUUUGAACUGCCUAGCGGCUCAGUCAACACUCCCACCAGGCUCUAUUGCAUCCCAACACAAGAAUGAUAUUCCAGGCCUAGUAGAUUCCCCACAGAACAUUGAUGCUUUAGGCCAUCUAGGAUCCCUACUCAGCAAUGAUGUUUCUGGUCAUCUAGGACCCCCAUUCAACACUGAUGUUUCUGGCCAUCUAGGACCCCCAUUCAACACUGAUGUUUCUGGCCAUCUAAGAUCUCCUCUAAACAUUGAAAUGGCCAAAUCCCCAGAUAACAUCGAGGGUCAAGCCCAACCAGGAGCCCCAUGUGACACAAACAUUGAAGCACCACAAGAUGCGGGACACUGUCCAAACUUGGAAGUCCCUGACAAUAUAAAGUCUAUAUGCAACAACGAAGGCGAUAACGGAUCCCCAUACAACAAAGCCAACACCGUCCAUAUUGAAUCCCAAUGCAAUGUUGAUGAUUCAUGCUGUAUUGGUAUUUCUUGCAGUACAGAGACCACUAACAUGUUAGUCGAUCUAGGACCCCCAGACAAAAUGUCUAUUCCUAGUCAUCUUGGAUCUCUACAUGUUAAUAUUACUGCAACAAAUGAUGGCCCGGGCGAAAACCUUCAAAAUAUUGAAAUAGUAGUCGAUGAGUUAACAGAAGCUGCACAAAGAUUUGAUCAUGCAACAAAGGAAUCUUCAUGUGGCAAGGGAUUCCCUCUGAACAAUCACCUUACGUUUGACCCAACACUUCCACCAAGUGAGACUGGAGCCAUCGCUGAAUCCUUAAAUAGCCAUUGUGUAGCAGCACUCGAAGAGUUGCCAGCAAUCUUAACAUCUUCACUCAGCAUCGAUGCAGGUGGUAAGGUUGAAAGGACUAAAUCUAGUCAAUGCCAUGAGACAAGGGCGUUAAUUGGUAUUAAAACAUCUUUAGAAGCCACAAAAGAGGUAGAUGGUUGUGAAACUAAUGAAAAUCAAAGCUCGUCAAGUUUAGAGAAUCAAGGAAUAAACAAUAGAGAUGGAGCCGAUCAAAUGUCUUCUGGUUUAGGAUGCCAAGAAAUUAUUCUAAUCGAAAAUGUUAAAAUGUCUUCUGGUUUAGCAUAUCAACAAGUAGAUCUAGUUGAAACUGAAAACGAUAAAUGUUCUGCUGAUUUAGGAUGUCAAAUUGUUGAGGCUGAAAAUGAUACGUCUUCUAGUUUAGAAUACCAACUAAUAGAUCCAGUAGAAAAUGAUACGGCUUCUGGUUUAGAAUACCAACUAAUAGAUCCAAUUCAAAAUGAUACGUCUUCUGGUUUAGAAUACCAACUAAUAGAUCCAAUUCAAAAUGAUACGUCUUCUGGUUUAGAAUACCAACUAAUAGAUCCAGUAGAAAAUGAUUCGGCUUCUGGUUUAGAAUACCAACUAAUAGAACCCAUUCAAAAUGAUACGACUUCUGGUUUAGAAUACCAACUAAUAGAUCCAGUAGAAAAUGAUACGGCUUCUGGUUUGGAAUACCAACUAAUAGAUCCAAUUCACAAUGAUACGUCUUCUGGUUUAGAAUACCCACUAAAAGAUCCAGUAGAAAAUGAUAAGUCUUCUGGUUUAGAAUACCAACUAAUAGAUCCAGUAGAAAAUGAUACGGCUUCUGGUUUAAAAGCCCCUUCAAUAAUAUCCAUAGUUAAAUGUGAUGUUGGUGAAGAAUCAACACAAUCCCCACAUCACAUUUGUGUUCUUGAUACCAGUGAGACAGUGUCUAGUCAAGGAUCUCUACUAGUGUUUGGGGAGUCACAUGCUUGUAAUAAUAGUAAAACAUUCUUCAUUGAGCAAAGACCCACAGAGAACUUAAAUACAGCUGAAUUAAAUGGCGAUAACCAUGAAGUGCCAUCUACAAUGAGAUCCACACAAACAAAUGACGUCAUCAAAAACCGUGGUUCUAGUCGAGAAAACUUGAAUUUUAGUUUCCAAUGCGAGAUAUCAGGUUUAACCAAAGCCUUGCCUACUAACAACAUAGAUCUAGUUACCACCAAACAUAUUCCUUUCCGUACUCGCUAUUUGCAAAACCACCGCGGCCCUCCAAGUCUUGGCCGUAAUGUUUGUUCUAGGUUUAUAAAUCACUUCAUAUCUAGGUUGAGUGGUUGGCUGGUGAUGCCAGAUUGUGCAGUGAGGCAGACGUCUCCGACAGAUGAUAUGGUGAAUAUAGUAGCAUGCCCUGACUUGCUUUGUGCGCGGAAGACACUAGGAAGUGUGGACCUGAAUCGUUCCUUAUUGGACAGAAGUGGACACCGAGAACUUAAAGUGACUGGCCGGCAAGUAAGUCCAUCCCCAGUUACUAUGGGAGCAGUCGCAGAUAGAGCCAUGAGUACUGUCGCCCUGUGUAAACUGUACGUCACGUGGUUUGGUCACAAGAUGCUGUGCUUUGUGCAGAUGGUGGUUAGAAAAGCGUGGAGCUCCAUUUACUUUUGGAUGUUGACCUGCAGAAUCCUGGCCUGCAGGUUUGGUCAUGAUAGGAAACGAAACGAUAUUGCGCUGGACAGAGAAAUGAAGGCAAUUGAAGGCAACACUUUCACUGUCGGAUUGGGCAGAAAGAAAGCUGGCCGGCACAGAGUGUCUGCUGUAGAAAAGAAACGUGCCGGAGAAACGAUCCUAGAGCAUCGCAAGCCAGUAGCCGCUGACCGAAAUUUGCCAACCUCUGUAGGAUGUCAUCGUCAUAGAUCAGGACGUGAAGGUUGCGGGCAUUCAGGCUCAUUGCCAGCUCUCAGCAAUGCCAACAACAACAGCAGUAAGGUGCAUGAACAGGGCAACAUUUACCAGGUAGACAUGAUGAGGAUGAGGCUGGGGGAUCCCACAAACGGGGUGAGCAACCAUGUGGCCAGGGUAAAGGAUAGCCUUCCGCCCCUCUUUGUGAGCAACAGGAACACCCAGAGCACCAAACAGCUGUCUUCCAAGAAGCUGAUUCAUUUAGGGAAUCUACCUGUUCUUUCUAAUGCCUCUUCCGCCAGAGAGCUUUUGACCUCUGACGAAGCAGAGCCACUUUCGGCUUCCAGGUCAGAAGGUCAAGGUCCUGGGAAUACAAACGUGCUCUGUGGAAGCGUGCAUCACCAUGGUUACAUUCCAUGCGUCAGAACAGAUCUGAGAGAUUUCCCUUCCAGUAGCACGAAUGAUGCCAGCGAGGCUAAGAACAACGAUGCCAGAAAAGACAGCAACGGACUGACGAGCGGCGAGGAGCGAUCACUACAGAAAGGCGUUGUGCAAGAGUCUUCUGGACUAGCUAAACAACCCGUCCUCGGGGCGCGGCACCCGUGUCUUAUUGACCACCUGAGCGAGGUAGUGAUCGGAGGAGCGGCUGAAUACCACUACAACGAGCUGCUGAAGAAGGUCAAACCGCCGAGCCUCCUAAAAGAUGUCGUGAGAGGAGGCAGAGCGCACGCCACGCACGACGCCACCAGCUGCGACAACGAGGAGGAAGAGGACUCUGACUCGGAAACGGAUUCAGAGACGGAAGAUGAGGACGAGGAGAACUUUGACGACGAAGAAGAGCAAGACCCCAGCAACAACUACCUGCCCCCUUGGAUCCUGAGGACGCACCAGCCAGGCAUGUGCCUUGAGCUGUACGACAACAAGGACAACCUAAGCAGCAUUGAAGCUGGGGAGGAUCUCGACGAUAAUGAGGAAGGCUCCAAAAAGAGCUUGUCCCCGACAAGCAUCAGCCAGAGUACACCCUCGAUCAACAGAGCGAAAAUUUCUGGCAAAGGUACUGGAAUCAUUCACAAAUCAAGUGCUCAGGUUAGGAAGGCAGCCCAGGGCAAGGGCGAGGGCGCCGAUGGUGGAGAGAGCAGCUCCAGCAGCAAGAGCGCCAGCGAGAGCAAGAAGGAGAAAACCAGCGAGCAGGGAGAGGGCGCCGGCGACGACAGCGUGGGCAAAGGCAGCGACGACAGCAGCGGAGGAGGCGGAAAGAAAGGAGUCAAGAACAACAAGGCGCCCUCCUGCACCCUCCCCACAAACAUGCAACCCACCUUCUACGUCAGCGGCGGAAACAACAGCAUCCUCAAGAAGAGCCGACACCGAAACCCUAAAAGCCAGAAGAGUAGCCCUCGGCACAAACUCAAGCCGCUAACUAGCAGCCUUUUCAAGAAAGAGUAUCUUAAACGCAAACAAAUGCAUCAGAAAGCCAGAGAUCUUCUGCACGCCUGCCAAAAGACCCCGCCGACCUUGAACGAGACGAACUCUGCGCCGGAAGCUCUCAUGUUUCCACGCAUGCACGUGUACGCAUGUCCGGACCGGAGACCGAUGUUUUAUAUAAGUCGCGGCAACAAUAAUCAUUUGGUGGAAGGUCCACUGCUAGAACUCGGCUGGAAGAAGACUACAGACAAGCAUGACGAGAGAUACAGGCUCAAGUGGGUGGAGAACAGAUGUAGGAUCAACUAUAUAGCUUUCAGAGAAGGUGAACAACUUGUGAAUCACAUCCCUAAUUGCAAGCUUCUGACCAACAAACUUGGCCUCCUGUGUAGUCUGCAGGAAUAUGAGAGGGUAACUCUACUCACCAAGGGCAGACUACCCAGACUUAAAAUGGUCGAUUUUGUUCCAGAAACUUACAAACUAGAUGAAAGGACCGAUAGAGAGAAAUUCCUAAAUGACUAUAAAGAUGGAGAGACCUGGAUCUGCAAACCAACUAGUCUGAAUCAGGGAAAGGGCAUAUUCUUACUCCGAUCUCGAGAAGAAAUCAACCAGCUAUUAUCAGAGAGGGAGGCAAAGUCCUCUUGGACACGACAGGUUCAGAUGAGGAUAGUGCAAAGGUACAUUCACAACCCUUUGUUGAUUGAUGGCCGCAAGUUUGACAUCCGAGCAUACAUGUUCAUCGCUAGCACUGUCCCUUUCCUGGUUUUGUUUCACAAAGGUUAUGUGAGGCUGUCCUGUCAGAAGUACAGUCAAGAUGACCCCAAUCUGACCACUCACUUAACGAACCAGUUUGUUCAGAAGAAAGAUCCGUCCUAUAAAGAUAAUAAAGAAGACACUGCUUGGACAAUGGACAAGCUCAAUGAAUAUGUCAAUGAGAAUAUAGCCAAGGAGAGAAAUAUGGAGAAGGAUUGGGUGUUUGGAGGCUUGACUAAACAAAUGCAGAGAAUCACAUUACAUUGUUUCAACAGUGUGAAGCACAAGCUACAGUGUAAGAUUGGAUACUUUGAUCUGUACGGCAUGGACUUCAUGGUGGACGCAGACCUCAAGGUUUGGUUAAUUGAGAUCAAUGCCAAUCCAGCCUUGUGGACCAACUGCCAAGCUCUGAAGGAGGCUAUCCCAUGUGUCGUGCGUGAUGGUUUAUAUCUGGCAAUAGAAUGUUUUGAUAAAAGUCGAAAGGGCCAGUCACUCCUGCCUCUCAACUCUCUCGGUGGCUACAAUGUCCUUUACUGCGGCUCCUCACCUUUCAGUGGCCAGCGCCAAGCCCGCAGUGUAUCGCCGUUCAAGGAUUCCCUGGACAUCUGCCGUCCUACAGGAACAUCACCAGUGCCAGGUCAGAGGAAACCAUCUCCUCCACGUAGUGUAGCCAAAGGUGGGAACAAUAACAGCCCAUACAACAGCACUUUAAACCCAAAACCUGAGAAAAAAAGCAGCACCCUCCCCACUAUCAACAUCGGUGCCAAUGUCAGCAGUGUUCCAGCCAGACCUGGCCUGGUAGGAGGAGCCUACCACAGCACCUCUAAGAAGCAGCAAAGUUUGCCCCAACAGCAGAUCUCUCGUGUCUCUCUAGUCGGCAUUGUCUCUGGAGAAGAGAACAAGAUCCGAAUGACCCAUGCCAAUGUCAGCUCCAGUGAGAGCAAAGAGGAUGUUUACAAUAGGGGAAGUUAACUCUGCAAUACAAACAGAGUGAAGAGAGAGAAAACGAAAGUCAUCACCUUCUCUGAAGAAACUGCUGAGUUAUAUUUGAGUCCAGCGUGAAUGUCAACAUUGUCCUGUUCUCAUCAAUGUUGUCCUGUCACUUUAUGAACAGUAAACCAAUCUCAGAUUUGGCUACUGUGAGAAAAAAAAUGAAUUGAGAAAAAACCAAAAAUAUGUCAUUCUUCUUUGGGACAAAUGUUUGGUUUCUAUUUCGGCACAUUUUUUUUUUAUAUUUUUCAUCUUAAAAAACUGGAAUAUGUUGGUCAGUGACAAUGUCUGUGUUUAGCCCAUUACCUUGAAUCUCUUGUAAGGUCUGUUUGAAACAAUGUCCAAGAACUCUUUUUGUUUAUCAACUCAGUUAUCCGCUCCUGCUUGAGGACACAAUGAAUGCUAGGACUGGCCUACUUGUUAUGUCACUUAGGUAUAAUUGAUAUCUUAGACAUUUUUGUUCCGUAGAGUUUCCACUGAACAGUAUUAGUUGUAUUUUUUAAUCAUCUAGUUCUAAUGGUAAAUAUUUUAAGCCAAAAAUUUUUUUUUAGUCAUAGUCAAACUGUUAAGUCAGCGAAUAGAAAUGUGUGAUUCUCAAUAGAAGAGAAAUAAAUGUUUUUUACAUAAGUUUGUUUUACAGACUUUAAAAUUUGUACUGCUUACUAUGAAGGUUUAUUUUAGCUCUUUUACACCAAUAUAUGAUUUAUAGUGUUAAUCAUUGGCACUAUCUUAGCUCAUAUAUAUAUAUAUACAAGCUGAUGUACAGUUUAAUCAGUGUAGCACUUGUCUGUAUACAGAAGGCAGUGUAUAUUUCCCAGCAUGCAUCCUGUCAGUGGCCAUAUUUAUUUACCUAAAAUUAUGUGAUUAACAUCAUUUUUUUAUGUAUUUAUGUCUGCAAUUUCGAUAUGUAUUUUAUAACAUUUUUAUACAUAUUUCUUAUACCCCAAUGGCCUUGACCUUUUACAUUAAGGAUGUAUUAAAUGAACUUUAAAAAAUAAAUUUUAUGUUAUUAUGUUAAUGAAUAUGUUAAUGUUUAAGUUAAGUUCGUUUAUUUUUUUUUUUUUGUUUUUUUUUAAGUUCAAUUAGUUUGCCUUUUUUUUUUUUACUGUUUGACAACUUGAAUUUGAAUUAUGUUAGUCAAUUAUUGCUUUCUAAGUUUGACUGCUAUAUGUGUUAACAGGUGUACUGCGAGUGGAUAAAUGGUUGAACUCAAUCAAAUCAUAGAAUUAAUAUGAAAGUAGUAGGCCCUCAAUUUAUCAGCAUUUUCAAAGUGUUCAUGAACUUAGGUUUUUACUGUAAAAGUAAAGUACUUUCAGACCUUGUGAUGAAUGGAGCCAGUAGUGUGAUGAUCUUCUGUUUCUUUAGACCAAGGUUAAUAAAUGGUGUUUUUGAGUUCAGCAAAAUGACCAUUUUGACUUAACUUUCCCCAAAUCAUGUCAGGUGCUUUGAUUUGUUUGGAUUUUUUUAAAAAGAUAUAUAUAGUUGAAAAUUUGUGUCACUUCCAGGUUCCUCACUGAGAUGUGAACUUGUGUUCUCCUGGUUCUGAAGAUAGUACCAUAACCUUAAAGUUCCUAUUGUCUCAGCUUCAAUUUAAUCAUUGCUAUUGGGUUUGUGAAACUACAUACAGUUUUCCUUUGACUGACCUGUGAAAUCACUUCAAGUUUUCCUUUGGUUGACCUGUGAAACCACUUCAAGUUUUCCUUUGGUUGACCUGUGAAACCACUUCAAGUUUUCCUUUGGUUGACCUGUGAAACCACUUCAAGUUUUCCUUUUGUUGACCCGUGAAACCACUUCAAGUUUUCCUUUGGUUGACCUUACAGUUUGUACAAAAUCUAAUUCUGUUACUUCUCUUACUGGACAGAUUAAGUCUUUGAUUUUUUAAUGAGAAAUUGAGUUCAUAUAAAUUCACAUGACUCUUUUCUUUAGUUCAUCCAGACAAUUGAUAGUACUAUAAAUACAUAUUUUAGAGAUCUGAUUCUUGGAAUAAUGAUGAAAAUUAAUUAAUAUAAAUGGCUAUGAUGAUAAUGGAAGUCAAUCACUGAAAGACAAUCUACAUUGACUUUGUUAGGCCUUACAAUUUUCAUCAAAUGGUUCUGAUUUAAUCUUUUAGUAAGAAAUGUGCUUAUUGAGUAUUUAAGAAUGAAUUAUUCUUUUACUGUCAAAAUGAGUGUAAUGGCCAAAUGACAAGUGUUUUAAUGCCAAAUGAAGGUCUUGAGUUAGGAUUUGUUAGAGGCUAUUCAUUUAGAGAUUUAUUUAGAUUUAUUACAACUGAAUGCAACUAUUUUGAACGACACAUUUGUGUUUCUUUUUGAUGCUUGUUAUUUCUCUGACGUAACAACUGUUUCUUCUGUUGCAAUGCUUUGUUACUCAGUCACUUUAAUUAGCACCUAAGCUUAGCACAAUCUAUAGCACCUAAUCUUAGCACAAUCUCUUGACAUUGAAAAAUGAGGUUUUAGCCUAUUAGUAUUGCACACUCAGUCAAGAGGUGUGGUGGCUGAUUGUUAAGGCGCUUGGCUUCUGAACCAGGGUGGCUUAAGUUUGACGACUGGGAUUUUUAGGGGCCCCUCUGAGUCCACCCAGCUCUUAUGUUGGGUAAAAGUAAAAGACAGUUAGUCAGUGUGCUGGCCACAUGACACCCUUGCAAAUUGUGGGUCACAGACACAGAUGACCUUUACAUCAUCUAACCCAUAGAUCCCAAGGUCUGAUAGGAAAACUUUCUAUUAUAGACCUGCACUCUCACUCUAGUGGACCUCAGAAUUUAAGCUAGUUUAAAAGAUGUUUAAAAAGGUUGCAAGUGUUGUGAAUAUUUAUGUCUGAUGACCAACUUUUCUUGAGUAAGGAUGUGUUGAGCAGGAAUGUUAUCACCUUCCCCUGUUCUGUGAAACUUUUAAACUUUGUUCAACUUCCUAUACAGCAUAAUAUUCACUUCCCAUUAUUUCUUUGACAUACUUCUCUAUCCUUUUCAUAUUUCUGGUUUUGUCCCUUGUAGGGGAGCCUCUGCAGAGCCUUAACUCUUUCUCUCCGUAAUUAUUUUCCACAUUCCGACAGAAUUAUUCAUUUUUAUUUGGUAUACAAUUAAAGGAAAAUGCACACCUAUUUAAGAUAAUUUAAUGGAUGUUUAUAAAAUGAAAUAUAAAAGUUUAUUUUGAAUAGUGAAACUUAGAAGUUAAAAAGUUGUACAUAUUGACUGUGGACAAGUCUCCCUUAAAACUAUAUCUCGACAAUAUUUUAUGAUCCAAAUUAUAUAAAAAGUAUUUUUUUAUAAUAGUUAUUAAUAUUUUCACAAAAUUAAUUAUAUAACAUAUAUAAAACUAAUUGUCUUGAGGUCACUAUCCCAUGCCACGGCGCAUUGGGCAGCAAGCUGUCUCCAUAAAGAUCUGUCACUGGCAAUGUCUGAAGCCUCCUCCCACCUGGUGUCCACUGUUCUGAGGUACUCCAUGAACGUGUGGCGCCAAGUAUUACUUGGCCCCAUGUCACACCCCCUAUACAAAUUAAUAUAGAAAAAUAGAGCCUUUUUGAGCCCCCACUCUUUAAAAACAUCGUUUCUUUUGUAAAAACACAAAUCAAAAUUUUAAAAAUUCAUAUUUUUUCAAAAGUGAAACUACUCAAGAUUUUUUUUUAAGCAAUUAAAAGCAUUUUGUAAGGAAAGAUAACAAAAUAACUGACUUUUUAAGCAUAGAUGAUUAGGCUGUAUAAUGGGAUAAAAUCAACAAUGAUAUCAUCGGUUAGGAGAGAAGAGUUAAAUUGUGAUAUGGCUGUGUUGUCUUUUUGUUUUUUUCAAUCAUUGGUCAAGCGGUUCUUAUAUAUCCCAGUCAAUUUUUGAUUCUGGUGCCAACAUAAGACAUUUUCAAAGUAGUUUCAGAACUAAUGCCUAAUGACUUCCUACGCUCUCCAUCUAGCUUGCUUGACCAUUUCUACUGAAUGUUUCCCUUUAAGCAUUAAGUAAAUGAAUUCAGUGUAAUAUAUAUAUAUAUAUAUAUAUAUACAUAUAUGAAAUCAUUAUGUGAAGCACAGUAUUUGAGCUUUUAUUGACCUAAUACUACAACAGUGCUAUCGAAUUUGUAUUGUUUUGUUCUUGUGAAUGAUAACAGUAUUGAAUAGCUUUGUGAUCUGCCAAUUCAUUGAUUUUUAUGUAUUUUUACAUCAAUCUAGUAGCAUUCAUUUAACAAGUGAUUGUGUUUAAGCUUUGGCCCUAUUGUCAGUAACAAUUUAUUAUAUGCAUUCCGUCCAUAGAACUAUUAUUGAUUAUUUAUUAAAGUGACAUUGGCGUU